GGCUUCAGAAACUCGGAGCUGAGAAGGGCCGGGCGGCGCCGGGGCUGAGCAUCGCGGAGCCGGCUGCAGGGCCGCGGCCUCUCCGCCCGGAGCACCACCUGUCGCUGGGUGAAACGUCUGAUAAGGCUGGGCACGGUGAAAGAAAAAGAUGUUUUCCCGGUUAAGAGCAGUUGCCACUCCUUGUUCGGUGGCAUGUCGUCAUUUGCACAGGAAAGAGAAAGGCAAGCCACUCAUGUUGAAUCCAAGAACAAACAAGGGAAUGGCAUUUACAUUACAGGAACGACAAAUGCUUGGUCUUCAAGGACUUUUACCUCCUAAAAUAGAGACACAAGAUAUUCAAGCCUUGCGAUUCCAUAAAAACUUGAAAAAAAUGAAUAGUCCUUUGGAAAAGUACAUCUAUAUAAUGGGAAUACAAGAAAGAAAUGAGAAACUGUUCUAUAGAAUACUACAAGAUGAUAUUGAAAGUCUAAUGCCAAUUGUAUAUACACCAACAGUUGGUCUUGCCUGUUCCCAGUAUGGACACAUCUUUAGAAGACCCAAGGGAUUAUUUAUUUCAAUCUCAGACAGAGGUCAUGUUAGAUCAAUUGUGGAUAACUGGCCAGAAAAUCAUGUUAAGGCUGUUGUGGUGACUGAUGGAGAGAGAAUUCUUGGUCUUGGAGAUUUGGGCGUCUAUGGAAUGGGAAUUCCAGUAGGAAAACUUUGCUUGUACACAGCUUGUGCAGGAAUACGGCCUGAUCGAUGUCUGCCUGUGUGUAUUGAUGUGGGAACUGAUAAUCAAGCACUCUUAAAGGAUCCAUUUUACAUGGGCUUGUAUCAAAAAAGAGAUCGUUCACAGCUUUAUGAUGAUCUGAUUGAUGAGUUUAUGAAAGCAAUUACUGACAGAUAUGGCCGGAACACCCUUAUUCAAUUUGAAGACUUUGGAAAUCAUAAUGCAUUUAGGUUCUUGAGAAAAUAUCGAGAAAAAUAUUGUACCUUCAAUGAUGAUAUUCAAGGGACAGCUUCAGUAGCUCUAUCAGGUCUUCUCGCAGCCCAAAAAGUUAUUAAUAAACCCAUCUCAGACCACAAGAUUCUAUUUCUUGGAGCAGGAGAGGCUGCUCUUGGAAUUGCAAAUCUUAUAGUUAUGUCUAUGGUAGAAAAUGGCCUUUCAGAAGAAGAGGCACAAAAGAAAAUCUGGAUGUUUGACAAGUUUGGUUUAUUAGUCAAGGGGCGGAGUGCUAAAAUAGAUAGUAAUCAGGAACCAUUUGCUCACCCAGCUCCAGAAAGCACACCUGAUACUUUUGAAGAUGCAGUAAAUAUAAUUAAGCCUUCAACUAUAAUUGGAGUUGCAGGUGCUGGCCGGCUUUUUACUCCUGCUGUAAUCAAAGCCAUGGCCCGUAUCAAUGAAAGGCCUAUAAUAUUUGCAUUAAGUAAUCCUACAACAAAGGCUGAGUGCACACCUGAAGAAGCGUAUACACUUACAGAGGGAAGGUGUUUGUUUGCCAGUGGUAGUCCAUUUGGGCCAGUGAAACUCCAAGAUGGGCGAGUCUUUACACCAGGUCAAGGAAAUAAUGUAUAUAUUUUCCCAGGUGUGGCUUUAGCUGUUAUUCUCUGUCAAACUCGACAUAUCAGUGAUAAUGUUUUCCUAGAAGCUGCAAAGGCACUGACAAGUCAAUUGACAGAUGAAGAGUUAGCUCAGGGGAGACUUUACCCACCACUUGCUAAUAUUCAAGAAGUUUCUAUUAACAUUGCUAUUAAAGUUACAGAAUACUUAUAUGCUAAUAAAAUGGCUUUCCGAUACCCAGAGCCUGAAGACAAGACCAAGUAUAUUAAAGAAAGAAUAUGGCGAAGUGAAUAUGAUUCCUUGCUGCCCGAUAUGUAUGAAUGGCCAGAAUCUGCAUCAAGACCUCCCCAGAUAACAGAAUAGAAGCACUCACACCAAUAAAUAUUUCCCAUGCUUCAGGGAAGCCCCUUUUUUGAGAGAUGUUAUCAGAUUUAUGGUGUUUCCAUAUUUUUUUUUCUUCCCCCACUACUUUACUUGACUUAACCCAUGUAUGUCCAUGUCUGUUGGAGGUGGAUGCGUUGACUGUAUUAAGGUCCACCAAUACCCUACAAUCAACCAUAAUGCUUAAUGUCCUUAUUUGUAGCCAUACAACACCCAAGAGAUGUUUAAAAUGUGUCUAUGGAUGUCUUCACUUGUAUUUUUGGUCCUGCUUGCCAAAGUAUUUGUUAUUUACUGUUAUAGGUAACAAUCUUCCAUCAUCCGGUUAGUUCUACAAAAAUAGAAGUUUAUUUCUGUGGAUAUGAGGGCAAAUUUUGCAAAGCAGCCAAAUUUUAAACAAAAUUCAAAAAAAAUUGUCAGUGUGUUUAUCUGCUUCAUUUUACCUUCAUGCUCUGAAAUUCUUUUAUAAUACACAGAUCUAGGGAAAUAAGAAAAUUUUUUCCCUUUUUCUUAUUUUCUGGAACUAAUCAAGGUUUAACUAUAACAUUAGGAGAGAGUUAUGGGAACUACUAUUGCCUUUAGACAAAGCAGUCUUUUGCAACAGUGUGUAAAAAUGAUUUUUAUUUAAUAAAGUAAUGUCUUAAACUUAAUUGCUUCAGUUAUGCUACCUUAUUGCCCAACUAGAAAUGUAGGUUUGCUUAUAAUGAAAAUACAUUGGUUUUUUUUUUUUUUUUAAUUUCUAGUUGAGGGCAUAUAGGAUGCCUAAAGCAUACAUUACAACUAAUCUCGUUUACUUUUUUAAAUAAAUCAGUAGUGGUUUACAUCUGAAUGAGCUGUAUUUAACUGGAGGAACUAUACCCUAUCCAACUGAGGUUCUUUAUUACUCAAAAUAGUUUUGGGAUUCUCCUACAAUGCAUUCCCUUGAAUGUUGUUAGUGGUGACAACUCUUUCUCUAUUAAAGGUGAAUUUAUUACUUUUCAGAGCUAAGUAGGGAUGAAUAAGGAAGGUGUUCAGACCAGGAGAUGCCAUUUUUAAUCCCAGUAAAAUAGACAAUAACUGGCUAAAGAGACCAGUUUCUUGUGUAGCUUACAUAUUAGAGAUUUUUAAAGGAAGAUCCAGAAGCAUCUUAAAAUAUGGCGGUAUAGCUAUAGUAUCUGUCUGCCUUAUGUGCUGCAAGAAGCAAAACUUUUAAAUGUUCAUUCUACAAUAGUAAUCUUGUCUCAUAAAUUAGAAAAAGAAGGGGAGCUGGGAAUGUAGCUCAGUGGUAGACUACUUCUGGCUUCAAUCCACAGUACUAAACAAUAAAAUAAGAGAUGCCUCUGCCCCAACUCCCUCCAUUCCUGCCCCUGGCCCUGCCCCAGGCCAUUAGGGGCAGACCCCUAGCAGCUAUAGUUUGAGCAAGUUCUUGAAGGUGGUUCUGACACAGAGAUAUACUUGCCCUCACAACUGCCUUAAAGCAGAUAUCUGAAUCAUCUGGAGAGAUGACCAAUGCUGAGGACUGACGCUGAUGCAGGUCCUGGUUGUGGCCUGAGAGUCUGCAUUUCUGAUGAGCUUCCAGGUACCACCUGUGUUGCUGUUAAAGAAAAUAGGCGUUGCUCCACAGUAUUGCAAGCGGUGUGCUGUUUCAGCCUAAUGUUUAUAUACUAUGUGCUUCUAUAUAUAUGAAAAAGAUCAACUGAAACUCUUACAUGGAGUAGCUGUCAUUAGUUUUGUUAUAUUUAGUUAUCAGAGUUUUUAUAAGAAAAAUUAAUAUAGAACUCUUUAAAUAUUUUUUUUUCCUGAGAAUACAUAAAACUAGAAUACUGUGUGGUUUAAAUUCUGGAUUUGUAGCAUACUUAAGUGAAACCUAACAACCAAAUUUCACUUAUAAAAGAUUAGCUAACAAAUGGAUAUUUGUGAGGUUUUUUAAUUUGAUUAUUGAUUCCCUAGUGAUAGAACUUACCUUAUACUUUGUCUUCUCUAAAUUAUCAGCCUCUGGAGAAAUAGUAUUUUCAUUUUCUUCGAAAGAGUGAUGAAUGAAUAAAGACUGAAAUACAAUGUUAUAAGUAUGGAGCAUUAACCAUUGUUCCCAGAUAACAGAAGACCCAAAGAGAAUGGGGCUAAGGAUUAGGGUGGCAUACAAGUGCUCCUGUGGCUCCCCCACCUCCCAGUAUUGAAGAUUAAAUUCAGGGCCUUGCACAUAUUAGGCAAGCUCUCUACCACUGAGCUACAUUCACAGCCCUUUUUAAUGUAUUUUGAGACAGGGUCUUGCUAAGUUAAGUUGCCCAAGCUGGCCUAGACUUGUGCAGUCCUGCCUCUGCCUCCCAAGAUAGCUGAAAUUAUAGACAUGCGCCACUGUAAGAUUUUUUCCUCUGGCUCAUUUAAGGAUAACUUUUUUUCACAAAUAUCUUCAGUGUUCUGUUGGACUCACCAAAAUAAAAUCAGCUUUAUUGGGCAUAUGUAAUAUUGAGAACAAUAAUACAAGUCUCAAAACUCCACUGGGAUCCAUUUAAAGGAAGUCCUAAAGAAUGAAAUAACCCCAAUACCAUAUUUUCAUCCAAGAUGACCACGUGGGUACAGCUGCAGGCAUAUUGCUUACUAUAGAACAUUGCAUAGAUUCAUGGACUCUGAUUCUCUGUGAUUUGCACUUUAGCAUGUAAGUGUUAAACUGCAGAUGAAAUAAAGUAAGAUUUAAUAUUUAAAAUAUUCAAGAUAAUUUAGCUAUAGAAAACUUUCUCUUCACCUGAAAUUGAGAGAGAUUUUAAUGUAAGCAGAGAGGGGAAAUAAAACCUAAACCUUUAUUUUCAAAUUUUAGUACAUUCAGGUAGGUUCAAGUAAGACAUGACUCUUAACUGUUAAUUCACUGAUUCUUACUGAGAGUUUAAGUAGUGCUAGAUUUUGAGACAUUAUUUUUCUUUCUUAAAUAAGGAAAACUGCCACCCAAAGAGAAAAGUAAAAAUGGAAACAUUUUCAUAGUUUUAUUGCACAAAAUAUACACAUUGAGUCAAAUAUCUUGAAUGUAUGGUAUCUGGGUAAACAUUUUCACAUGGCUGUUAAGUCUUGGCUUUCUUUUUGUUUUUUGUUUUCCAAGUAAAGUUUUAUUUCUACAUUCAGUGUACUGUAAAUUUUAAGACUAAGAAAGAAAAACAGACAUGGUGGCACACAACUGUACUCCCAGCAAUUUGGAAAGCUUUGGAAGGAUGGUGACUUUGAGGCCAGCCUCAGCAACUUAAUGAGACUCUCCGCAAUUUAGCAAGACCCUGUCUCAAAAGAGCUGAGGAUGUAGCUCAGUUAAGUGCCCCUGGAUUCAAUCCCCAGUAUCAAAUAAUAAAUAAAGAAAAUGUAUGGUUAUAUAUUCCUCGGUUUUCAGAUUUCCUUUUAUGUUCCAGAAAAAAUUAUUUUCCCUUUCCUAACUUUAAGUCUAUGUUCUUGGAAAUCAUUGAUUCCUAUAUAGUUGAUGAAUUAUUACCAACACAUUUGGCAUACAGUUAGCAAGUUAUAACAAACUAGAUUGUAUGGGUGGUGCCUACACUGUUCAGGAGUUAAGUGUUCCAAGCAUCUUGUAUAUUUAAUCCACAAUAAACCUGUUUCUGUCCCUGUUUCAUAGACAAGGAGAGGGGCACAGAGAGGUUGAAUGACUUACAGAAUAUCUCAUGAUGAGUGGCAAAGCUGGGACUCUUAGUUCAUACCCAUCUUAGGAAAGAAAGCCCUCUAUAGGUGAUUUUAUCUGAAUCUUCAAGAAUUGUUUCAGUUUAGCUGGGUGUGACAGCUCACUCCUGUAAUCCCAGUAGCUUGGGAGGUUGAAGCAGGAGGAUUGGGAAUUCAAGACCAGUUCAGCAACUUAGUGAGACCCUAUCUUAAAAAAUAAAAAGGGUUGGGGAUGUGGCUCAGUGGUCAAGCACUCCUAGGUUCAAUCCCUGGUACCAAAAGGGGAAGAAAAAAGAAGUUUUCAAGGAAAAAAUUCUUAAGUCCUCCUUAGUGCAUUUUACCACUUCACUUGAUUUUUCUUUGUUCCCAUUUAUAAUUUAAAUACAAUGUAAACCUCUUACUUGUUAAUCUUUAAAUUUUAAGUAUUGGAUGUAUAAGGAUUUGGUUUUGAAUGUGAUAAAUAUCACUAAAGAUUUUAAUAGUUGACUAAUAUCUUUUAUUUUAGUAGUAGUCAUAGAAUUGCCAACCACUAUAACUUCUGUGCAAAUCAAUUUGAAAUGCACUUAUAUAUUGUACUAUUCAGUUUGUUAAUCUACACAUCAAUGUACAUCUGCAUUGUAAGAUGUAUUCUAAAUGGUAUCUGUUAUGCUAUUUGCAUAUAUAACUUCUGUUUAAAAGGUAAGAACAGUUAGAAAGUAGUAAUAGUAAAAUUGUGUGUGGAAUAAGGAACUUCUAGAGAACUAUUUUAGGUAAAUAUUUGACAAAAUUUCUGCCCAAUGUUUAUUGUAUUUCAAGGAGCUUUAAAAUCAACUGAAAUUAAAAACAUAUUUUUGCAAUUGAUAGUAUUUUCCCUUUGAUAACAUCACAAGCAUUAAUCAUUGACUUCAAGGAAGCCACACUUUGCAACUCAUUGUUUGGUCUUUCUCACUUUUGUGUUUAAGAUAAAAUGAUAGAACAACUAGUCUUGUGGUAAUUGUGGGAAUAGUAGUUUAAGAGGAAUGUCUCUCAUAUAAACAAACCAGAUUUUCUUACAGAUGGUUCCAAGAAUCAGUCUAAAAACAUCAUAGUCAUGUGAAUUAUUUUUCUCUUUUUGUGAUAUAUUACUUGUAAUGAGAUGUAUGCUCUUAUAUUUUCUUAGUAAAAUUUUCCUAUGCAUAAAA